UUAUAAAUAAUAAAUCAGUGUGAGUUGUCUUUCUUAAGGCUGUGCACAUCCAAAUUUAGAAGCGCUAAAUCAUGGCAGCAUUCAACCAGAAGUUGCAGGCGGUUUUGUGGCUGGCAGAGCUGAAAUCAACGGAGGCUGUGCGAGUUAAAUGGACGGAGAACUACGCAGAAGAACCUCCAACAGAUCAGAUGCUUUUAACUUGGGAAAAGAAUUUCCAGGCUACGGAAAAUAUCCACUCAAACGGCGAUGUGGGAACAUCACCGCCAAAACAACCACGGCAGAACGGUGAGAUCACGCGACUUGAGGACGAACCUGAGUUUAAAUUUAGUCUACAAACCACUUUGGAAGAUAUUCGCCAGAAACAGGAGGACUUCUGCCUGGCACGGAACCGGGACCAGUAUCAAACCCCACGAAAUAUCUUGUUGGCACUGGUUGGAGAAGUCGGAGAACUCGCUGAAAUAUUUCAGUGGAAGGGUGAAGUGAAACAAGGACUUCCAGAAUUUUCUGAAUGUGAAAAGGAACAUGUAGGUGAGGAAAUGAGUGAUGUCUUAAUAUAUCUGAUUUGGUUGGCGCACCGGUGUAGGGUUGACCUUCCAAGUGCUGCCCUGCGUAAAUUCCAGAAGAACGCAAAGAAAUAUCCUGCAGACAGAGUGUUUGGCAAAAGUAACAAAUAUACAGACUAUGAGGACCAACUUGUUAACUAAACACUAAUAUGCCGUCUCUUUUCUUUCAUUUGUUUUAGUUAUUGGACUGUGGCCAUGCUGGGGCACCACCUUGAAUGGUUUCAUUCAGUGGUUUGCAUUUUUUUUUUUUUUUUUUUUUUUUUGGACUUCUGCCCCCAUGGCACCCAAGCCACAUUACUAAUGCCCAUUCACCCCUACAGACAUUGAUUCCUUUCUACAGCAAAUUCAAACCUUUUUUUCUUGAAUAAAACUCAUCUUAAUUAA